AUUGUUUUCAAUCGCUACCAGUACAUGAGCUAAAGCGCAGCGCAACUACUACAAGAAGCGCAGAAAAUAUAAUUUGGACUGAAUUAAAAAUGAGGCUAAACUAAAAAAUACAAUUAUAUUUGUGUAAUUCUAAAAAACGCCUAUGAAUUUCCAAUUUAAAGAAAAAAUAAUGACUUUUAAUCAAGUUAUUAUUGUCUUGAUGUUGACACCGUUUGUUCUUCCAUGGAGUCGUUGCUCUUUCUUGGUGUAUUCACAAGGUGGUCUACCUGGCUCAGUUAAUAAGUUUUGUUUAUGCUUAAAGUCUAAAGCAAAUCAAAGUUAUUGGAUUGGAUUGAUUAGGUCAGAACGUUCACACCAUCAGCAUUUAAUUCGUGCCUUUAAUUUAUCACAUUUAUUGUAAAGAAAGAGUGUAUAAUCUAUUAAAAUCAUAAAAUUAAAAAUAAAAUGAAGUUCUUUGUCUUUGUUGUUGACACUGACUGUUACUGUUAAGUUAAAGAGUAAGAGUUCUAUAAACAAGACAAUCCAAUUUGCCUAGCUUAUUAUUUUAGUAAUUAAUUUUAUUAGUAAGGAAGUAUAAGAAAUACUGGCAUUCAAUUGACUGUUGUCUUUUACUUAAAUUUAAAUUAAAUGUAAGACUUAGUAAGAAUUGAAUCGUUAAGGUGAGAUGAGGCCUGAGAGUAAGAAUAAUAAUAUGGCGUGUAUUGCUGCCCAAGCCUAAAAUUUUUUAUUGAAAUUAUUUUGUUAAUCAAUAUACAUCCACAUGCUCAAUAAAUUUUACACUUCCUAUUUCCUCCCUUUUGCUGACAACAUGGCAUUGUCAUCAGAUUACAACUUACCGGGUAAUCUAAAAAAUGAAAUAUUUUAUACAUGUCUAUAAUUAAUUGUGGUGCAAAGUAUCAUGGGUAUUUAAAAAAACACAACUGAAACUAUGUGAGGGAAGGGACGGGUCUUGCUACAUUUCUGAGCGUUACAGUAAAGUUAUGUUCAUCCCGAAAUUUGCUUAGGCUAGGGCCAAAUUUAUAAAGUAGGCAUUCUCUCUACAUCAGGACUAAAAAUAUGUGAUGAAGAGGGGGCAGAGAAGGUCUUGCAGCAUGUAUACAAUCAAAUUUAUAGAUUAUUAAUAGAAUAUUAGUAAAUUGGUGUGAUGUGUCAAGAUCCAAAAGGUUGAAAACUAGUAAAUAAAUUGUUAGCUAAUUCUGCUGUUGUUGCAUGGUUUAUUUUUUUAUUAUUUAGAAUGGUCCUGGCGUGGUGGUGAUGAAAGUGCAGAUCAGUUGGCUAAACAGAACCAGCCAGGUGGGCGCAGUGGUUCAAGUGUUUGGGGUCAAAGUCAAAACGGCAAUGUUUUGAUUUUUGGAGGAAGUGGUUUUUCUGAUCUUUCAACAGGUUUGUAUUGAUUGUUUAUGACAGUAGUCCUCACCGAGCAGCUCCUGCUUGUAACUUUUAGUUGCAAAGAACUAAAGUUAAACCGAUUCAUAAAAUUUAUUUACAAAUAUUAAUAAAAACACAUUUUUUAAGUGAUGCAAAGUGACUAAUUUAAAUUCAAUUAAAUGAACCUUCUUCCCCUUUUACACUCCCCUUUCCCAAAAAUUCUUAUAAGCUCUCACCCCACCCUCACUUUUUUUCCUUUCUUUUCAAUAUAAAAAUAAGUUUUGAUUUUUCAAAACUUUCUUGAAUCAGAACCUUUAAAUUAUUCAAAUAUUAAAAUGUAUUAGGUUUGCUAUAUAUAGUUCGAUCUACUGCCAAUAUCUUUUAACUUGCACUCAGAAUUUUUUUCCCCCAAGAUAAACCUCAUUUACUCAAUGAUGUGUGGCUUUUCUCCUUAAAAACAAGUAACUUUGAACUCCAUCAUGCUGGAACACUAACCUCAAUAUCUACCACUGAUACUUUACAACAGAUUGUGCCAGAAGGUCGUAAACAUGCAGCUAUGUGUGGUUUUAAAGACGUAGUGUAUGUUUUUGGUGGAAUUUCAACAAGCAGAGAUAGUCUUUCAGACUUAUGGUCUUACAAUUUAAAUCUGAAAACAUGGUCAAAACUUUUAGACAAUAUUUCUCAUAACUCGUCAGCGCCAUCAGCAAGAGGUCAUUCAGCUGUUUGGUGUUAUAAGUCUUCUAUGUACAUAUUUGGUGGAAUAAAUGACAAGACAGUGUUUAAUGACAUGUGGAGUUUCAAUUUAUUGACCAUGGAGUGGAAAGAACUUUACAGGAUGACACAUUCAUCUGAAACUGUGGAAACUGAUGGAAAUACUUAUCCCAUGAUGAGAAAUGGGGCUGCAACAUGGGUGAGUGAUGAUACCUUUUACAUGUUUGGUGGAAACACAUAUUCAGAGUUCUCAUAUGUGCUUCAGCAAAACAUUGGUCUAACCUCAGACCUUUGGAAAUAUAACCCAGGCAGCAACACUUGGCAACUUGUACAUGGGCCAGCUUUGCCAGGACAGCACUCAGUUCUAAAUGAUAUUGGAACAACUGUGUCAUCAAACAUUCCAGGGAGCCGAAUGGGGGCUGCUUCCUGGGUUGAUUCGAAGGGACACCUCUGGUUAUUUGGCGGGGCAGGUCUUGAUGUUAGUCCAAUCACCUCAUAUCACUCCACCAAACUUCUGGCCGAUGUUUGGAGAUUUCAUAUUGGUGCCCAAGGCUGGGCUUUUAUGGGAGGCAGCAAGGUGGGAGACAUUGUUGGAAUGUACAAAAGCUUGAAUGAACAAAAGCACACUAGUUAUCCAGGUGCUCGAACAGAAGUCAUGGCAUGGAAAGGUCUUCACGAUGUAUUUUACGUCUUAGGAGGUUUGGGGCAUGAUGGAAAAGGAUACGAUGGACAUCUGAAUGAUUUGUGGAGUGUGGAUUGCUCAAACACCGUUUCAAUGGAACAUUUGGUAGGUUUUUGUUUUGGAGAAAGUAAGCGAUUCAAUAAAAAUAUAAUCACUUUUUGCCAAUUUAAUAAAUAAUGAAAUUCGUACCGUAUGUCAGAGUUUUAAAUGAAAAAAUUUACUAAAAUAUGUUUGGUAAAAAAUCUAUGAUCAACCAAUUUUUUUAAAUUAUAAAGUUUUAUUCUAAAUUAUGAAAGGGAUCAUUUUGGUUCUGAUCAUAAAAUAUAUCCAUUAAGAUAAUUUGUGUUAGUUUGAACCCUUUGAAAUAUCUUCAUAUUGUGAUUUAAUAACUAUGGCACAUUUAGGUUUGAACUGUUAGUGUUUAUCUUUUGACCUCAUUCCAAUAAUAAAUGUAUGCAAUUACCUAUUUAAUUCCAAAUGUCUAAUACUCCUUUUUUUUUAAAAAAAAAUUUCAGAUAACUCCUCAAAGUCUUUUCUUGUUUGUGGGUCUUGGUACCACUACCUUAUUUCUUGUAAUGGCAAUAAUGUUGUGUACAAGACGUCGCUGGGAUGGUACCGGUACUGAUAGUAAAGUUCUUCAGGGGCAUAACUAUAAUUUGUUGAAAAAUGGAGACAUAGACGAGAUCUGAUAGCUAAUGAUGAGAAAUGAGAACAUGGAAAACAAUUGACUGUUGUGUUGUCAGUUGGGAAGCCAUUUAAAAAUCUGUAUAAAUUUGACUGUUAUAAAUAUUUUAGAGCUUUAUUCAUUAAUGAUAAUGGGAUGCUUCAUUUUUAUUUUUUUGUAUUCAAAAUAUUUCGAGCAUUUCAUAUAUUUGAGGGUUUAAGGCUCAAAGUAUGUUAUCAUAUUUUUUGGCAACUUUAUUUAAAGAACUUUAUUGGUUCUAAGAAUGGGUUUAAUCUAACAUAUCAAAUAACUCACACAUUCCUCUAUCUGACCAUGAGUGAGUCAGUUAAAAUUGUAUUCAUUUACUGUGUGUUUGAUUUUUAAAUAUAUUUUAUUAUUUGUUGUGAUUGUAAAUUCAAGUGCUUGGUUGUUUACUUAAAUGUGCACAAGGAAAUGUGGAACAAAGUAUAAAGAAAUGUUAAAAAAAACAAUUUUCAUAAGAUUAAAUUCUUUAAACGAAUAUUGUUUUCCCUUGAUAUUACUGUUUUAAAUAGAGACAUGUUCUGUACAAAUGACAUUGUUUCUUAUAAUUUUGUGCUCUAUUAAAAGUGGUCUGUCUUCCAAUUUACUAAUGUACAGUUUAAAAAAAAAAAUGUUAUUACAAAUAAACUUUUUAAAAAUCUGUU